UGCUUUAUUAGGCCAUACUUUGUGCAGCGUCGCCAACGACUACGCAGUUAAACACCUACUGUAGCACGCUUGACUCCGAUAGUCCGGCGAGCGUUCACCGCCAGUGUGCAAGAAAUUUCUCCUUUCCACCUCACUUUUUUUUUGUCAGCUCCUGUCGUCCAUCGCCAUUGCUGCCGGAACGGCGAAGUGAAUCACAGGAACGGUGAGUACGUGACUGGGGUUUAGCUUUGAGUGUGCACAUGCUCCGAAACAAGCAAACAGCGAAUUACAUAAACCGGAGAGGAGGAUAGUAAGGUAAUCGAACAGGUGUCGUGGCGGGAUCACGCAUUACAGCGCACACCGUGUUUUCUUCAAGGACGGCAGACGGUGUCCGGCCCACAGUUGUGGAAGACACUAUAAGGGAACGAGCUCUCUGCCUCCGGCAGUGGGUUUUGACAGAGCGCCGUAUACAAGCUCGGUAGUGUUGGAACUAUAUACUGUGGUAACGACGCUUUCUGCAUCGUCAUAACGUAGUAUACCGCCGUUUCCAGAUGCACGCAAGUCGUCGAGCGACAAUGUGGCGGCGUGGUGUAGCCUGCGUCUUCAUUGCUUGUUUUCUGGGCGUGUGUCGGGCCCAGCUCAAGUCCGGCUGCAAGAUAUCUCAACUGCAUGCCUGCGGUGAAGACUACCUAGUCUACAGCAACACCACGUACCUUCCGGAACCCCAGGAGGAUGAGUUCCAAGCAAAUUGCGAAUUGUACACCAAGCAGAUCGCCUGCACGAUCGAGUUCUCAGAGAGUUGCCUGGACAAUGUACCGCGCGCCGUGGCGCUGGUUGCCAUGGAAGCAGCGGGCGACGACUUCGAGGCUGCCUGCACCGAAGGCACCGAACGACACGACAUGUACAAGAGCAGCAUCGCGUGCAUGAACGCCGCGGGAACUGGGCUGAACAAAUGCUUCGGCGUCCUUCGUGAUGGCCUGGGCGAGAGCAUCGAUGCACCAGCUGGAAGGACCAUUCACUACGCCUGCUGCGCGUACCAUAACUCCUUGGAGUGCGUAGAGCGCGCUCUAGACGACUGCGAUCCUAGCUCUCCGGCCAAGGAGUACGUGACGAACGUGAUGGAACGCAUCUUCGGGCAAGUGCUGAGUCUCGUGUGCGGGCCCUACACCCGGGGUUCAGCCGACUGCCACACCCUGCCCAAACUUCCGCCCACUGCUGGACCAAAGAAGACCAACCUCAUCGAGCUGGCCAUCGAGAUAUCCAACUCAUUCAGGAACAAGAAGAAAAAGAACUAAUAAACGUAGCCGUAUGAUUCAUUCCACACAC